UCUGAUAAUUAUUGAAACCGGAGUAAAGGUUGUACAAGAAUAUGAGCGUAAAAGACAGUUUUGUGUCAUUUCAUGUUAACUAGCUAACAUGCUAACUCAGGCGUUCAGUUUGUUGAUAGCGUCGUUGCAACUUGCUAACGCAGCAUCUGUCGCUACACCGAGGAGUUAAUUUAUGCGAUAAAGUGUUAACCCGUUAGCGUCGUGGAAACUGACAGGGAGCACUGUGACGUUAACAUAGUAAGCAAUGGCUAGCGUGCUAGCUGUGAACAAACUUAACAAAAUUAACGUUAGCGUUACCACACAUCUGGCAGCUCCCUGCACGAGUACUCGGGUCAGCGGUAACGUUAUGCUAAGCUGUUAAAAUAGGCGGGUUAGGUUUAGCUUGGAAAUUGCGGUUAUUUUAUUAUGUAUAUGCGUUUGUUUUUUCCGAAGCGUCCAGGGGUGGGUCGACAUUUUUAAACGAACUGCAUUAAACGUAAUUUAGAUUUUCUAUCACAGGUAACCCCUUGCUGCUCAUCUGUGUCUCUCUGCUGUGGUAAUGAAACACAACACACACGUCAGUUAUUUGAUUUGAAGAGAGAUCGGCCUUCUCCAAAAUAAUGGGAUAGGGUUAUGUGAACAGCAUCCUUUGCAGCCAUACAAUGGAUAUCGUUACCGAGGAGAAGAAGACGUGCCAAGGAGAGAAGCUUGCCUCUGCUGCGGAUGACACUCUGGAUGAAUAUUUAAUCAACCUCCAGCACAAAAACAGAAUCCUAAAGCGCCUUAAGGUCAAAGACCCCAGGGAAAUUGAAUUGGAACGGCUUGAGCAAGGUUUUUCUAUUUAUCUUAACGGAGCCAAUGCUGAAGCCAGAAGGAAGCAGGCCAAGUGCUCCAACCACAAGUCUGUCACCUGCCCACGAGCUUGGAGGACUGCACAUACAGCAGAUGUCUGUAGAAGCGCCCGUCAGCUAAGUGAAGAUAGCUGUAAUCAGGAGCGGAGCCACACUGCCCCAGAGAAGGUCCAGAGGAAGGAAUGGGUGCAGGAUUCUAUCAGAAUUCGAACAGAGGAAGGACCAAGUUUACAGCUAUCCCCGGAAAAGUGCUACUCUGAGGAUUUUGAACCUUAUGAAAGCGUAGACAUGGAGACAUCCAGUCCACGCUCGCCUUGUAGUCCCCGCUCCCCAAGGGACACCUGCAAGGUGUCUCGCUCCUUCAGCUCCAGGUCUGAGAUCCAAGGAGGCCAAGUGAAUCAGGAGUACAGUGAGAAGGUGCUUCUCAACCUUGAGGAAGUGAAGGUUCUGCGUCAGAGCCUGGAGGUUAGCAUGCGGCGGAGCAACCGCGGCUCAGCUGGGGAGGAGUCAGACGAAGAGUGGGUGGAGGAGCAGAUCGAGAGGGACGAGAGCACUGAGAGUCUGGAUGAGCUGGGACUGCCUGUCUCUUCCUCAAAGUCAUCCUCCCACCCUCAACCCAGCAGCUCCCGUAGCCAUUUUGACUCAGCAAAGCUCAUUGUCCUGGAUUUUGGACCCUCACCUCAAAGUUGUAAGAUUGAACACUCCCUGUCUGCAAAAAGGAAAGACAACGCUGACACCUUUAUACCUACAAAACCCAUGUUGGUGAAGAGUAAGACAUUAGAUAGGCCACCUUCAAAAGUGAGUCGGGAUGGUCAGAGGCCAAGAAGUCGAGUGGAGAGGCCCCUGUCAGCGGCCAGAAAGGUUUCUGUUGAGGAGGGAGACCCAGAGGAGUUGGCAUGCAGGGUGCGGCAAGCCAUCCAGAGAGAAAACAACACUGUGCACAGUCCAGAGCUCUUCAGCCGCAACAUGGGCACGGGACACCAGCUGAUGAAUGGUUUAGUGCACCACAGUGCCCAUGACAAGGAUGAAAACGGUGUCACUUUGGCCAUGCAGAGAAUCACUCUUAUGGGCCCCAGGCAACAACAGAAACUGCUAAAAGCUUUGGAGAAACUUGAAGCUGGACCCAGCUACAGUAUUUCUCAGACUGUGAAAGCAGACUACAGCAAGCAGCCGAGACGCCAGUCCUCAGCAGAGGUCACCCCUGCAUUGUAUGUGACCAUGGAGAUCCUGUCCAACUGGGGGAAUGCUUUGCAGGUUGGCCUAACUGAGUUGCAGUUCUUCUGCCUCAGAAACAAGAAGCUGUAUGUGUCACCUCAUGACCUAGACAUCAGGAACGCUGACUACCCUGGGGAUCUGGGGGUGCUUGUCAAUGGAAAAGUGAAAACAACCAAAGAGCGUCACAUGUGGACAUGCCCAUUCCACCCUCCCAUCCAGCUCUACGUCAUCAUCAGGAACACGGAACGCUCCCCAGACUUUGGAAUAUCUCGCAUUAAAAUCUGGAACUACAACAGAAGCCUCAGUGAGCUUGACAUUGGAGCACAGCAUAUAAAGCUUUACCUGAACAGCACAUUGGUGUUUGAAGGUGAGCUGGAGAAGGGCUGUGGUAACCAAGUCUUUGACUACAGCACCACAAUUGACCUUAAGGAUUUCCAGGUCUCAGACUCCUUGUUUUCCAGUCCCGUGUCAUCAGGACACAAUCUGCAGGGUGUCAGACACCCACUGUGCCAUGAGGACAGGAAGGGUGGGGAGGGCAGCAGCGCACAGCGACACCACAGUUCAAAUCCACAGACUGUUGAUGCAGCAGGUCAGGCAAUGAUGGACAUUCAGGACAAAUCACAAACACCACUACCACCCAUCGCUCUUUCAGCAGUGGGGGUUUCAUCCUCCACUCGUUGCUCCUCCACACACAGAAACUCUUUUGACCUGCCUGCGUCAGAAGAGGUCCUGUCUCUGAGACAGCAAGUGGAGCAGCCAGCGCCCAUGGAGCAGACAGUCACCACCCAGCCAUCCUCCUCAUGGGUGACCCCUCAGUGGCUGCAGCCCCUGAACAGUGGAGCUCCAGAGGGCUGUGAAGUCAGCAGGGAAAGGCCCCGGUGGCUGGUGCCUCAGCACUCUGCACAGCCCAAAUCACCAUCAACCUCAUCCUCUUUAAUGCUCCCGGAGCUGCCGUGUAACCCGGGUCGGGUGUGCAGAGGGAUGGAGAGGACAGUGAAUGGGGGUCAGUGGAAGGCUGACUCUCUGGACCUGAGCUGUGACCUGCUGGAGGAACUCAGGGACCAAAAGCCAGACAGGCCCAUUAGUGGACGCAGGAGCUCGUUCCGAAAUGCUGCAGUUACCCCCAGACAGACAGAGGAACAGCAUCUCAGAGCCACUGCACUAUCAAACACAGAGGACUCAGUGUCUUUGGUCAACACUAGCAGGAGGCAAUGCUCCUCUCGGGCCCAGCUGCACAGUCAACAGGAUGACACCCUCAAGGAGUCCUGGGACUCCCUCACAAAGUUUAACCAAUGCCAACGUGGACGCAUCUCAAACAUGGGCUUCGAAGGUGACAUCUUUGAUGAGUUCCUCCAGCGCCAGGGUCGUGGUCCGUCCACAGUCCCCGUCAACCCCUCCACAGCACCCAGGAGUCCACUUUCCUCCGUGUCUGCUCAGGGGGCACUGUGUGAAGACCCUGAUGAUGAACUGUCCAUGGAACGUGAAGAUGAGUUUGAGAUCCCGGUGUUGCCGGAGGGCCAAAGGUUGGUCAUCAACAUCCUGUCCACCUGGGGCGAUCGUCAUUAUGUCGGCCUCAAUGGCCUGGAGGUGUUUAGCUCCAGGGGAGAGCCCCUUCGACCUACUCACAUCCGUGCUGACCCUCCAGACAUCAACAUUCUUCCUGCAUACGGGAAAGAUCCACGUGUUGUCACCAACUUGAUUGAUGGCAUCAAUCGCACCCAGGAUGACAUGCAUCUCUGGCUGGCACCGUUCACCCCUGGUCGUAACCACACCAUGUUCUUAGACUUUGGAGCUCCCUACCAAGUUGCCAUGAUUCGUGUGUGGAACUACAACAAGUCACGCAUCCAUUCAUUCCGAGGGGUGAAAGAAGUAGAAAUGCUGCUGGAUGGCAGGUGCAUCUUCAGGGGAGAGAUUGCCAAGGCUUCAGGGACCCUGUCUGGAGGACUGGACCAGUUUGGGGACACUAUCCUGUUCACCACUGACGAUGAGAUCCUGGAGGCUAUGUCUCAUUACGAUGAAACCUUUCCUAGUGAAGCUGAGGGUCCCGAGAACCUGGUGUAUGAGGAGGAGCUGCAGAGACCACGUACCGCUGAUGGAGAGGGGGAGGAAAGGCCUUUCACACAGGCCGGUUUCCGAGAGGAAGACCUCACUUUGAAACUUCACCUCAGCCCCACUGUGAGCCAGUCUGAUGGGAACAUGGACCAUAUUCCUGGGAUGUACACUGGGAAGUGCCUUAGACUAGAGCUGGCGUUGACUUGGGGUGACGCCCACUACAUGGGUCUGACCGGAUUGGAAGUGGUGGGGAAGGAUGGAGAGAGUUUACCUUUAGACUUAAGUAUGGUGGCUGCCUCACCCAGGGACCUCAACGACCUGCCUGAGUAUGCACAUGACCUGCGCACACUUGACAAGCUUAUAGAUGGCCACAAUAUCACCACUGAUGACCAGCACAUGUGGCUGAUUCCUUUUUCCUAUGGAGAGCCACACACCUUGACCGUCAUCUUCAACAAGGCCCAGACUGUCGCUGGACUUCGUAUCUGGAAUUACAACAAGUCCCCGGAGGACUCUUACAGAGGGGUGAAGGUGAUCCAUGUGUUCAUGGACGAUGUUGCGAUCUCCCCAAGGGAGGGAUUCCUGAUCAGGAAAGGACCAGGCAACUGUCAUUUUGACUUUGCCCAGGAGAUCCUCUUUGUAGACUUCCUCCAGACAUCCACCAAUAACAUGAGUGCUGAGGACUACCACAAAGGAAGCUCUAGGAAACAAGAGCAGGCCAGCAUGGACUAUGAAGCCCCCAUAAUGCCUUGUGGCUUCAUUUUUCAGCUGCAGCUGUUAACAACCUGGGGAGACCCAUACUACAUCGGUCUGAACGGCCUCGAGUUUUACAACCAGAACCAUGAGAAGAUCAGUCUCAGUGACAACAACAUUGCUGCUUUUCCAGACAGCGUGAACAUACUGGACAAUGUGAGUGGUGAUGUGAGGACUCCAGAUAAAUUAAUAGACGGAGUCAACAGUACCCACGAUGGAAGACAUAUGUGGUUAGCCCCCGUGCUCCCUGGACUGGUGAACCGUGUGUACGUCAUCUUUGAUCAGCCAGUGACUGUUUCCAUGAUUAAGUUGUGGAACUACUCGAAGACACCACAGAGAGGAGUGAAGGAGUUUGGGCUGCUGGUGGACGACCUCUUGGUGUAUAAUGGCAUCUUGGACAGUGUAAGCCACGUGGCACGAGGUAUUCUGCCUACCUGUGAUCCAGUGGUGCCCUACCACACCAUCCUGUUCACAGACAACGCCUACAUUACACAUCGCGAGAAGAACACUGUCAUCAGCCCCCAUGGCAGCAGACACCACAAACAUAAUUAUGUGGAAGAUCAGGAUGUGAAAAUGACCAAUGAGAAUCAGAUAGUCUAUCACAACAAGAAGAAACAGACAGCAGAUCCAGCUCUUCGACCUAAAACCUGCAUGACUGAUGGGAAACAUGGAAAGAAGAGGUACUGAGUGACUGAACAGACAGAUGUGGAUUCAGUGUUUAUGCAAAGUGAACAGAACAGAAGGGGAGGGCAGCCCACACCCCCAGCAGCAACCCAGCCACAGUCUCUAAUGGCAGUGUGACAGCGGCUCCUAUGGUCCACACCGAAGAGGAUGAAUUACAGUGGGCUUGUACACACAGGAUUCCACUUUAUGGUUGGAUUACUCCUCCUUCCUUUUGUUGUGAAAACACACCCACACAUAUGUUAUCCUGAACACAUGUACAGUUGGCCUGGUGGUUCCUCCCAUAGUGCCAGGAUAAACCUGUGAGGCUGCAUUUUAUCAGCCCUAUUAUUGUGCCUAGUACUAAACACUUUAUCUGUGGCUAGUACUUGUGACUUUUGUGAUGCAUAUUUAAAUGUUGCUUGUGGUUUGUAAAUACUUUUAAAAAAGCUCCAAGGCCACAUGAAUACACCUUUAUAUCAGGAUGUGGCUGAUGCUACAUUUAUUGAAGUAUAUCCACUAAUCAGCCUAAACAACCAGCUAUUUGCCUAAUGCGUAUGAGAAGUGACUUAUACUCCCCCAGUGCACCAACCAGUCGUAAUGCUAUGCAGACAGUAAUUUAUAUCUAUGAAUAAUUUCUAUCUGUUGGCUUAUUAUUCCAAAGGGGAAGUGCUUCCAGAGAGGGUUUUUCUUCAGGAAGAUUUAUACUGAUGGCUAAAAUGGUAGAUGAAAAAGUACACUAAUCAGAUCUUUGUACAUUUCAACUUGAAUAAAAUGAAAACCGAAGCUGAGGAUGUUAACUCUACCUUGAAUUUUUGACAUAUUUGGCUCUACAAAAUAAAUAGUUUUUUCAUCAAAGUGACCUUUAUUGAAGUUGCUACAUAGCAGAUUUUUUGAGGCAAAAAUGUGGCUGUAAAUACAAAAACUUUUGCCAGUUUGGAUUUUGAGUAGACACAGAAACAGGCAACUUCUUAUAUGCAAAAUACUAUAAACUUACCUCAAAUUGAAACUUACCUUUUAAUCAAGAAAAAAAUAUGGUCCUACUUUCACUAUAACACUUGGUAGUUGAUGCUAUAUUAUUCGUUCAUUCAAUAUUUAAUGUACUAACUUGUUGCAUGAAAAGUUUCUUCAGCUGCUGAUAUCAUCCUCAAAGGUUAGAUGUUUGUGUUUAGAGCAGUUUUUACUGCUUCACUGAGCCCCAGUACAGACUACUUCAUACUCCACACACCUGAUGGGAGUAAUUGUAUAUGAAAUGCAGUUUUAUGUAUUUAUUUUCAGUAUGUCCAGCAGCAACAAUAGUGAUUACUCUGUAUCUCAGUCCUGAUCUGCAGGGUGGUGGCUGUCAUUGUAUGUGUGACAUUUAGUGUUUUGAAAUAUUUAAUUAUUUUUCUAGUCUUGAUUAAAUAUGUUUAUUUG